AUGGCUCUUAUGGGUCCUUAUCAUACUGCAAAUCAGCCUUCUGGGCAUAAUCUUCCCACCUUAGCUGAUUUGACACAGGGCGGUGCUGUACCGUCGGCAUCUCACCCACAACCCUCAAGAUACACACAACAUCAACAACCCUCCCUUGGGCCGACUCAUCCACUCCCUAGCAUAAACCAGUCUAUCACGCACUCUUCACCUCAGUCCUCUGUGAAUAGAGACCGAGAAAGAGAAUCUCGUGACCGCGACAUGCUUGAAAGACAGCGCGAGAUACACCGUGAAGAAGAAAUGAUGCACCGGGAACGAGAGCUGCGUGAGCGAGAUCGAGAGCAAGCUGAAAGAUUUCACCGCGAUCAGCAACAACAGCAACACCACCCUGUGCAGAGUCACACUGGCUCAAUACCUAUACACCAGCCUGUUGCAUCAAAAGUUCAAAAUUCCAUUCACGGCCCAAACGGUUUGCUGUCGAAUCUAGGUUCGAGUUCUGGGCCAAGCCAGACCCAGAGCUCCCAUCAGGGCCCCAAUGUUCCUGGUGGACUAUUUAGUAGUGGCCAGAUGCAACACCCGGAUGCUCCCUCGAGACAGUAUUUAACUGUCCAGUCCCAGUCACUACUAGGGUUUAGUGGAAAUGCACCAUCGCAAAUUCCUGGCAGUGUAGCUGCACUCUCCCAAGGCCAGCAGCCCAUAUUGAAUGAUGCUCUCAGCUACCUUGAUCAGGUUAAGGUCCGGUUCGUCGAACAACCAGAUGUUUACAAUCGGUUUCUUGACAUUAUGAAGGAUUUUAAAAGUCAAGCAAUUGACACACCUGGGGUCAUUCAACGCGUAUCGAGUCUAUUUAAUGGCCAUCCCGCCUUGAUUCAGGGAUUCAACACGUUUCUGCCUCCUGGGUAUAGAAUCGAGUGCGGAACAGAAGAUAAUCCAGAUGCAAUUCGUGUAACCACACCAUCUGGAACGAAUACAAUAUCAAUGCAGGCAGGACGUGCUUCUCUGGAAAAUCUAAGCGACUCAGGACAGGCCGUAGGCUUAAUCCCUUCUUCUCGAGGUGAAUAUUACGACCAAUCGCGACCUGCUUGGCAAUCUGGACAACCGCCACAACAACAGCAGCCUCAACAAUCCCUCUCCUCUACCCUUGGAUCUUAUUCUCCCGGCGGAAGAUUAGCCCCUCCUUCCCAGUUUGGUCCCCAGAACGCCCCUACUCAACAUCAAGAGGGACUCUAUGAAUUCCAGGGCCAACAUGAGCAGCAACCGUCUGUACAUAGCAGCUCUUUGCUUCAUCAGCAAGACCAGCGUGGAGUAUCCCAGUUACAAAACGCUGUAUCUGUAGCUACUGGAGGAGCUGGGCGGUCAAUGAUGCAGCUUCCGCAGGGCCCCACCCAGCCCCCUGGUUCUAGUCAACCUGCAAGCUCGCUGGCGGGGAUGGGAUCUGGGACACUCCAAGGAACACAGAACGAAGCUACUCGACGCGGGCCCGUUGAAUUUAAUCAUGCAAUUAGCUAUGUGAAUAAAAUUAAAAAUCGCUUUGCCGACUCUCCAGAGAUUUAUAAACAGUUCUUGGAAAUUUUGCAGACAUAUCAACGCGAAUCCAAGCCCAUUCAGGAUGUUUAUGCCCAGGUCACAGUCUUAUUUAAUUCUGCGCCCGAUCUUUUAGAAGACUUCAAACAAUUUCUCCCUGAAUCGGCAGCUCAAGCCAAAGGUCAAGGGCCGGGUCGUCCGGAUGAUAUUCCCAUUAGUAUGAGUAAUGUGCGGGGAGAGCCUGGUUAUGGAGCCGCAGGUCUCCAAGCUUCAAGAGAGAACAUCAAGAUGCCGCCUCUUGGGCAAUUUAACGUGAAAGACUCCGCGAAGGAAAAUAAAAAACGUCGAGGGGGGCCGGGGUCACAAGCCAUUGGCGGUUCUGUUGGCGGUGCUGCUCUUGACUCUGCUAGUAUUGGAGGACCAGCCGGCAAAGUUCCCGUCUCUCAGAUUGGAGGCGUUAACAAGAGAACAAAACUCACACACAAGCCUUCGCUGCCAGAAAACGUACCUGCAAUUUCACCGACUCUUGUUCCUGCUCCACCUGAGCCUAUUCCGCCAACUUUCUCUCUCUCAGCAUCACAGGAAGAGUACGCUUUCUUUGACCGGGUCAAAAAGUUCAUUGGCAACAAGCAGAUUUUCAGCGAAUUUCUUAAGCUCUGCAACUUGUACUCUUCUGACUUGAUUGAUCGGAAUGUUCUUGUUAACAAAACUGCCGGUUUUAUUGGUUCUAACCAGGAGCUUAUGAAUUGGUUCAAGAGAUUUAUGCAUAUUGAGCCAAAAGACGAAAUCAUUGAACCAAAGGCGAAGGACGAGUCUGGAAUCGUCAACCUUGCUCACUGCCGUGCCUUAGGCCCUAGCUACCGGCUGCUACCCAAGCUUGAAAGACAGAAGCCCUGUAGCGGUAGGGACGAGCUGUGUCAGAGCGUUUUGAACGAUGAGUGGGCAUCCCAUCCCACAUGGGCAUCUGAAGAUUCAGGAUUUGUUGCCCAUCGCAAGAAUCAACACGAGGACUCGUUGCACCGGGUUGAGGAAGACCGCCAUGAUUAUGACCAUUACAUUGAAGCUGGAAUCCGUAGCAUCCAACUUAUGGAAUCAAUUUUGCAGCAACUUUCUGUUAUGAAUGAUGCUGAUCGGUCUAACUUUAAGCUGCCUCCUGGACUUGGCGGCCAAAGCGAGACGAUAUAUAAAAAGGUGAUCAAGAAGGUUUAUGAAAAGGAAUUUGGCAUUCGAAUCAUCGACGAGAUGUUCGCAAACCCUGGUGUUGUUAUUCCCGUUGUGCUUGCUCGUUUAAAGCAGAAGGUUGAAGAAUGGAAAUUAAGCCAGCGUGAAUGGGAAAAAGUCUGGCGGGAACAGAUGCAAAAGGGCUACUGGAAGAGUCUUGAUCAUCAAUCUGCGAUCAGCAAGAAAGACGAUAAAAAGCAACUUACUACGAAACACUUUCAAGCCGAAAUACAGGCUAAGUUCGAGGAAGCCAGAACUCUCCGCCGAAGCGGCUAUCCGGUCUCGAGCUAUCAGUUCAAAUACACAUUCACUGAUUCGGAGGUUAUUCUCGAUACCACUCAUUUGGUUCUCUGCUACAUGGACCAUAACUCAGCAGGGUUUGGUGCUGAUCCACAGAAGGUCAUGAAUUUCGUUAGGGACUUCGUUCCUGUGUUUUUCGGUAUGGAUAGAGGUGCCGCCAGAACUUAUCUCGAGGAAGUCUAUGAUGUCACCCCCAGUGAAGACUUGGACAAUGAUAGCGCACAAUCUGAUGAAGUGAAUGGACUCCGUCCUCGCCGCAUUGUUAGCAACAAGAAAUUGGAUCUCUUACGCGAAAUCCUUAAUUCCCGCGAUGAUAAGCCUGCAAAGAGAGAUGGCGAAACGAACGCUGCGUUUAUUAGCAGAUCCUCGUCUCCAGGCACCGGAUCUGCGUCAGGUACCGGCUGCGCGACGGAGACAAAUGGAACAUUUAGUACUACGGAGCUGCUGUGGAUGGACCAUCCAAACGAAGGCAAUUUCAAUCAGGAGCAUGAAUAUUCAUUGAACGAGCCGUAUAAAAAGAAAGUCUACCAUCUGUAUGGGAACAUUACAGUUUAUUGCUUCCUACGCACGUUCGAGAUGCUGUACGCUCGCCUCUUACACUUAAAACGGGGCGAAGAAGCUGCACGUGAGGAACUGCGUCGCGCCUUGGCUCCUAAGGCAGCCGACGAUUUGGGCAUGGUCGAUAAAGCACCUAAGGAAUUCUUCUAUGAUGCCAGUCUGAACACAAGUCUUUAUUGUCAAAUGAUUCGCAUGUGCGAAGAAAUAGUGAAAGGAAACUUAGACCCUUCGCACCUAGAAGAGACGUUACGUCGAUUUUACAACCGAAACCGAGGCUGGGAGCUUUACACCUUGGAUAAACAGCUUUCUGCUAUUGCAAAAUUUGCAAGUAGCGUUUUCAACACAGACCCGAAAGAUAAGACUGCUGAUAUCGUGAACCUGUUCUUCAAGGAACGUGAAAAGGAAGAAACUACGCAUAAUCAUGAGAUUCAAUAUCGCAAGCAAGUGGAGAAGCUGAUCCGGGAUGGGGAUACAUAUCGCAUUUCCUACACUCCUGGAACGAGCACUACUACAAUCCAAAUUUUGACUUGGGAGGAUAGUACCCUAGAGAGCCAGGAACUGAGCCCGGAGGCAAAGUGGUCGUACUAUGUUUCGUCGUACAGCAUGCGUGAUGCGACUGAAGGCGUCCAGACCUUUGAUGACCGGCGUCCCUUCUUGAGUCGCAACCGACCUUCCAAGCUUGCGCCUGAUGAAGCGUAUGAACGGUAUUACAAAACGCUUGUCAGCAACGAGGGCCUAGUGAUCCGGAUCUGCGCCAACAGCUACCAUAUCAUCUACGAGCCCGGGACGCGGGAAUGGUGGUAUCGACCUUCACCAGCCGCCGCGGCUCUUCUUCCCAUGAAAGACGGCGCCAAGGAUGAUGUGGCGGCGGUCAAGGAAAAACGCAAAGACCGGUUCAAGGAGAAAUUCGUGAAUAAUCCCAGCUGGGCGCAUGGGCUGAGCAAGGACGAGGUCGAUGAAUCGAACCAGCAGUUCCGGCAGUGGGUUGGCCGUGAUGGUGGUGGUGGUGCUGCUGCUUCGGAGUGA